AUGACCACAGUGGAGGCCAAGAUGCUGGUGAAGACGGGAGCCAUCAGUGCCAUCACAGCCGAGAACAAGAACUCCGGCUUCAAGCGCUCACACACCCUGGAGGGGAAGCUCAAGAUGGAGCGCAAGUCCCGCCCAUACGUCAUGCCGUCAGGAGGAGCGCAAGCCCCGCCCUACGUCAUGCCGUCUGGUGGAGUGGUGAUGUGGAUGUGGCCCCAGAGUGACGGAGGUGAGGGACACAAAGAGUCAAGAACCGGAGAGCCCAGCGGGACAUCGUCCACAGCCCCAGAGGAAGAGACGUGUCCAGGUAUCAGGUCUGACCACCCCGUGUGGACGUCAGUCAGAGAUGUGUUCAGAGUCAGUGUCACCCUGUGUGGUCACCUGUCAGAGUUGGUGCCCAGUGAGUACCGUGGGCCGUGUCUGUUCAGACUGGGUAUCGCUGUCCUUGUGUUGUCUGGGUUCCUGCCCUUGUCUCCACCAUCAUCGCUCUGUCACGGACUGGGUCCCGCGGGCCUUGUCUGCUCACAUAGCCGAGUGAUGGAUGCUCUACCACUUCCAGCCCCCUGGCUGCUGACAGAGGAGGAGUGCAAGAGGUACCCAAAGAAGUUGGUUCAGACUUACUCUGUGUUCCCUAAUCAAGAUGAGAUGAGUGAUGUCGUUGUGCAGCCUUAUAAUUCGCUGUUAACACUGAAGAGACUAACUCAAAAUGCAGACUGUGUGGUUGUUCUUGACAACACAGCACUAAACCGGAUUGCAACAGACAGGCUUCAUAUUCAGAACCCUUCCUUUUCUCAGAUCAACCAGUUGGUGUCCACAAUCAUGUCUGCAAGUACCACCACACUCCGGUACCCAGGCUAUAUGAAUAAUGAUCUAAUUGGACUGAUUGCUUCCCUUAUUCCCACUCCAAGGCUUCAUUUUCUCAUGACUGGCUAUACUCCGCUUACGACAGAUCAAUCAGUGGCAAGUAUACGUAAAACUACAGUCCUGGAUGUCAUGCGAAGACUGUUGCAACCAAAGAAUGUGAUGGUGUCCACUGGCAGAGACAGGCAAACUAACCACUGUUACAUUGCCAUCCUCAACAUUAUCCAAGGAGAAGUGGACCCUACUCAGGUCCAUAAAAGUUUGCAAAGAAUACGAGAGCGAAAAUUGGCCAACUUCAUACCGUGGGGACCAGCCAGUAUUCAGGUGGCAUUGUCACGGAAGUCUCCAUACCUGCCAUCAGCUCACCGUGUCAGUGGGCUUAUGAUGGCCAAUCAUACUAGCAUCACCUCAUUGUUUGAAAGAACCAGCAGACAGUAUGAUAAACUCAGAAAAAGAGAAGCAUUCUUAGAACAAUUUCGCAAAGAGGACAUAUUUAAGGAGAGUUUUGAUGAACUGGAUAAUUCCCGGGAGAUUGUCCAGCAGUUAAUUGAUGAAUAUCACGCUGCAACUCGCCCCGACUACAUUUCCUGGGUGACCAACUGGAAUAUGCAGGAUAGCCAGGCUUAG